AUGACAAUUCUCGACAAGUCGAGAAAGCGUUCGUCGAAACGCGCGGCGACCAACGACAACAAGCCGAAGAAGCCGAAAAAGGCGAAGAAACGAUGCCGAAAGACGAACCAUCGCGAGGAGGAGUAUCCCAUCAAUGCGCCGUCCCCAAUUGACAUCAAAAAUCGAAUUCUAAAGAACAACUUCCCAAUGUUCUAUGCGUACUCCUUUGUCGGAACUGCCAGAAUGCUGCCUACUAUGGAGUGUUGCCAUCAUUACAAUCAAUCGGUGCGCGCCGGGCUCAUUCUUCGCGACAUUGAGACGUUGGAAAAUGUCUGUGUGCCGCUAUGCGACAAAUGCGCAAAAGACGACAACGUGUUCGGUCGUCGCAAUGCGUUUAAUAGUUGCAUCACCGAUGCGGUGAGAGCGACAUUCCCGUUCAUCACGAAUGAUGCGGAAGUGAUAAUCCAUAAUAUUUGGAAUAAGGCGAUUGAGGUGGAGCUUCAUAUAAAGACAUUGCGCAAAAACAAAAUUCGCAUUCACAAGUGGGAUAUGGUGAAUGUGGGGCCUCCGAAACCCAUGCCAGCGAUUGUCAUUCCAGAUGAAAUUGCGCCGAUUAUAAGCCUCGAGUCGAUUCCCGUUGAAGAUCGAACAAUUGAUAAAUGCUUCAGUUUUGUGUCGCUCACCAAAUACUACAGUUUCUCGUACAUUUGCCAUGAUCAUAAGGAGACAAUCAUUGGCGGUCUCAUUCUCAAGGAUAAGCUGUCUAAUAAGAGCAAUGUCGUCAAUUUCUGCUCGAUGUGCCUCGAUCCCGGUGAGACGUCUGGAAUCAAUUGGCCGCCGGAGCUCGUCAACGCCGUCGCCAUUGCGUUUGAAUACGGGUCGGUUGAAGACUUGAAGACCUGGUGGGCCAAUCCGGCUCAAUACAAGGAGUACUACCUCGAGGCUCAAAAAAUGGAGGAAGCUUAA